AUGGGUAGACUUCCUCUGAUCCGAAGCCCGUUGAGCAAGUCAACCGAUCGAGGUUACUCAGUCACUAGUACCGUCGAUAUCAAAACCGAGGAUGAGACGCUCUUCCAACAUCCUGAAUUCGAGCACCAUGAAGAAACAUCGAAUAUCCAGCUAUUCUUCGACCUCUUCUUCGUGGCCAAUUUGACCUCGUUCACGAAUGCCCAUGAAAUUAAUGACAUAAAAACACUCGGCGCUUACAUCGGAUUCUUUUGCAUGCUGUGGUUUACUUGGGCGCAGGUUACCUAUUAUGAUCUUCGGUUCGCGACAGACAGUGUUUUCGAACGCGUCGCCCACGCGUGCCAUUUCGGUGCUAUGGUCGGCUUCGCGAUCGUCGGACCCGACUUCCUGGCAAACCAUAACGCGUGGGGACCAUUGCAGCAGCUGUCCCUGAUUCUGAUGGCAGACCGGCUGGUUCUACUCUGUCAAUACUCGUCGACUCUGUUCUUCACCUGGAGGUAUCGGGAGGCCCGCAUCCCUUUGAUGGUUAUAAUUCUGUCACUCAUCGUUGCUGCGGCCAUCUAUCUUGGGGUAUCAUUCGCCUUUUACCGACGCACAGCCUGGCAUGCCUACUCUGCGUGGUACACGGUUGCCGUGCUCGAAGUUGCCGUGAACCUGCUCCUGGCAUCUCGAUGGCGACCCAUGUCGUUUGUGAAAACGCAGCUUGUAGAACGGUUAAGCUGUCUGACCCUCAUUAUUCUCGGCGAGGGCAUCAUUGGUCUCACCAGGACAAUCGUCAACAUUGAGAGACACGACUUGAAGUUUACCUCUGCUGACAUUGGCACUAUCAUAUCAGCAGUGCUCAUAAUUUACUUUAUCUAUCAACUCUACUUUGAUAACACCCGUUUUGAGCCGUUUGGUUCGCGCCGCCAGCAGAUGUGGUCCAUGCUUCACUUUCCAUUCCACCUGGCCCUCGCUCUUAUGAUGGAGGGAACGAAUCAGAUGCUGUUGGUCGGCCACGUCAUGCGGGACCUGACCAAGUUGUUGCAAGGGUUUUCAUUUGACGCCACGCCGCAGCAGCUAUCCCAGGUGCUCAAAGAAAAAUCCGAUCUCAUCUUCUCGAGAUUUUCCCCUACUCAGGAAGCAAUGGAGCAGGUCCAAGAACACAUUCAUGCAUUGGCACACCCUGCUUCCAAUAUGACGCAGGAGGAGAAAGAAACGGAUGCUGGAGUUGCAUUUCUCGAGUUGGUCCGGACAGCCGUUGAAGGCUUCGGCUGGGAGGUGCCAGAAACCGACGCCCAGAAAAGUGGCCACGCUGAUUUUGGUGAGGAGAUGAAGCAAUGGGGAGAUGGAGCGACUGAAUUCUUUAGCCUCACUUUCACAUACUUCAGUAUCUGCGCUGGCCUGGUCUGCUUCCUCAUCGGCGUCCUCUCGCUACUGUCGCAGAGAUACCAUCCACGUCCCUCCCCGGUGCGGUAUAUCAGUAUCGGCGCCAACAUCCUUGUCGGGCUGGGCAUUUCUCUACUCAGCACCAUGACUUUGACGAGUACUAUCAACGACAUGAGUGAGACUCCGUGGACGCUGCCAGGACUGAUGUUGAUCCUUCUUGCCUUGAUUGUUUUGCACCAUCUGACGAAUGUGCCCCCGAAGCCCGUUGACAAGGAUUAA